AGGCUUUUGGGUUGCUGGUGGUGUGAUUUCCAGCAAUGGAUUGUCAUGCCAAAAGCACUACUUUUCUUCCUUCAUUAUUACUAUCUGUACUUCAUUCCAUCUCAUGCUCCGUCCUCCUCUUUCAUCACCAUCCUCCAAUUUCACUCGCAUCCAAUUCACACCUGCUGCUGAUUCAGCCUUCUCACCUUUUUUCCCCUGUUUGUGACGGUGCUGGAGCUUCCAAACCACACUUAAUGCGCAAUCACACUUUCAAUUUUGUGAUUGCAUAAUGAUCAGACUGGGUUGCUAUCUGUAACUUUGUGAAGAGGACUCAAUUUAAUUUAAUGGAAUAAUAUGAAGUGAGUGUUUGAGCAGUUCUCGACUGCACGAGGGGGUAAUUCUUUGUGGGAUGGGAAGGUUUUUCCAGCUGCCGUAUGUUAAAGAAGACUCAGUGGCCCAGCAUGUUGUUACAAGAUAUGGUGGUCUGGAGACACCUAGAAACAGUAUGGAGCUGCCAGAGGAGACAUUCUAUGGCUUAUAUUCAAGAAGAGAUAGGAGACUGUAUUCUUAUAAUUCAUUCAAGGAUUCACCCAAGAAGACAUGUUCCACUGAGGCUCCAAUGAAGAAAUUGAUUAGUGAAGAGAUUUCUAAAAAAUCAAAUGCCAGACCAAAUGCACCAAGCUUAGUGGCUCGGCUCAUGGGGGUUGAUAUGCUACCCGUUGAUCCGGGACAAGAGCCAGAAAUGAUUGGAAGAAUGAAUGAUGUAUCUGCAAGGAAGUUCACAGAUAAGGAACAGUCUAGAAAGAGCUCAGAUGGCCGUGAUUCCUUUAUCUGGGACUCCCCACCACAGCAUGGCCUGGAUUACUUUGAGCUAAAUUCUGAUAGCUUUUCUGAUCACUGCAGUAGCCACAUGAAGUCGGGGAAGCCUAAACGCCGAGAACAUCCUCAAGAAAAGGAACUUCAGAAGUUCAAAAAAGAAUUCGAGGCAUGGCAAGCAGCACGAAUUAUGGAAUGUUCAAAGGUUGUAGAGUUCAAAAACAGUCGAAGCCAGACAAGGAUGCAAGAUGAACUCAGUGAAGAGACAAAGUUCUGUUAUGACGAUUGCAAGAGAGUGAAGUCUAUUGACAAUUUGAAGGAACCAAAGGACCUCCCUGUGCGUUUGCGUGAAACACUUGCUUCUCUUAAUUGUGGAAAGAAAAGAGACUAUAUGUUAGAUGGGAUGAAGGAAUCUUUGUUUUCUAACACAACGUCAAAAAGAGACAUACCUCUCUCUAAUUUGCUGAGUUCUGAUAAGAAAUCAGAUACUGUCUCUGCUCCGACCAAGAUUGUGGUUUUAAGGCCUGGCCCUGACAGGAUGGGUGUCAAUGAAGAUUCAUGGAACAGUACCCCUAGCUCUUUUGAAGAGAGGGGCAGUAUUCAAGAUUUCCUUGAAGAGGUCAAGGAGAGGCUGAAGUCUGAAUUGCAAGGUAAAAGUUCUAAAAAAAGUAAAGUAGCCCGGGGAGGAGGAAUUGAGACCCCUUACCGGGAAAAGCCUUCAGAACCAAGACAAAUAGCUCACCGUAUUGCACAACAAGUAAGAGAUAGUGUCACACAGGACAUUGGGUUGAAUUUACUUCGGUCAGAAUCUACAAGGUCCUAUAUAAGUGACAUUCAGUCAAAUGGAACAGAUUCUCCUGAGUUUGUUAACAGAGAAACAAGGAAAUUAUUGACUGAAAGGUUGAGGAAUGUUCUGAAAGGUGAAACACAUCGAGAAAGUCCGAUUGUUUCUCUUAAAAGACAGAGAUCGUCUGUGCUAAAUCCUGAGAAGACCAAAGCUGGACAAUCUAGAGAUAUAUUGAUCGGAAAUAAAGUGUGCUACCCUGAAAGCUCUAUGAAUGAUUUAGGGAAGCAAAAUAGAUCUUUCAGGGAGGCUUCUGAUGAUUGCAGAAUGCACUAUAAGGAACCAUCUCCAAGGAACCUUGUUAGAUCUCUGUCUGCUCCAGUUUCAGGAUCAGGAACAUCAUUAGGGAAGCUCCUCCUCGAAGAUCGUCACAUAUUUACGGGGGCCCAGAUAAGAAUGAAGCAUGAAGUAGUUGAGAAUGUCUCAAUGGAUGUCAAGAAACAGAAGAAUGAUAAAUCCAAGAUAAGAGAAAAGGUCUCAAGCUUUGGGUACAGCUUAAAACUUAGAGGAAGGCUGUUUAGAAGGAGAGUUCAGUCUGUCGAUGAAUUACACUAUAAUUGUGAUGAUCUCCUAAAAGAUAUUGCAAGUGGACCAACAGUUAUGAUGAGCUCCUAUGACACUCAUGAGAAUUCUACUGAAGUGCCACCAAGCCCUGCAUCUGUAUGCAGCAGUGUUGACGAUGAAUACUGGAGGCCAGCAGUUUGUUCGAGUCCAGCAUCAUCUGGUGCAGACCAACCAGAGGACAGUGAAGUGCCUUAUGUUUUCAGCCCAAUAAACCCAAACUUGAAUGAUUUGGUAAAACAGCCGGAUCAAUUGGAAAAGCCAGGUCUAGAGGACUCUAUUACCGAAGAGAAGUCCGAUACAGUUGAUCCAGAAAUACAGGAUCCAACUGAAGCUUAUGUUAGAGAUUUGCUUGUGGCUUCCGGCUACUAUGACGGUUCGUGCAGUCAACCACUGCCAAAAUGGGACCCACUCAGUCAACCUAUUAGCAACCAGGUAUUUGAAGAAGUGGAAGAGUCUUACAGACAAAUCAAGGUUGAUGAAAGCAGCACCAAAGAUGAGGGAGCAAGAACAGAUCACAGGAUGAUACUUGAUUUGUUGAAUGAAGCACUGGCAACUGUACUCAAACAACCGUCCAACAUGUCUAGACUCGGAAAAGCUAUCGAGUCAUCUCGUCACCAGUUUCCUCGUGGAAGGAAACUACUGUCUUUCGUCUGGGAAAUCAUUCAUAGUCAUGUACAUCCUCCAGCAGCAGAUAGACCAACUUAUGCUCUUGAAAGUAUGCUUGCUCGCGAUUUGAAGUCCGACUCGUGGCCAAGAUUGCUGGAUGAUGACGUCAGCGAUCUAGGUAAAGAUCUUGAGUGCCACAUUACUUGUGAUCUGAUUGAAGAAAUUGUCAAGGAUAUCUAUUCAUUGCGUACUUAAGUAGAUUGUGGAGUCGGAUAGUUUGGAUCGAUCUUUGUGCUCCAUGGCAGCUCGACUUCUUUGUAGGCAUAGUAAAUUAUCUCAAGCCCAAGAAAAAUCGACGAGGAAAAUAUGAUCAUGCUGUGUGAAAUGUGUAUAGUGUUAUUAUUCAGUAAGCACGGCUGAGGUUCACUGUAAAAGAUUGUGGUUUGCAUAUAUUGGUGUGGUUGUUGUAGAAAGGUUGCUGGUUGGAUAACUUAAUUAGUUAUGAUUUUUGAAUUA